CUGUCCAAUAUGGCGGCUGCCUGCUGAGCGAGCGGACGCGGAGGCCUGAGACCCUCGAGGGAAAUGGCAGCGAAGGAGCGCGGCGGGAAGGUCGCCGAAGCCCCUGGGGCGGCCGAGGCGGGCGGCGACAGCGCGGAGGAGAUUCUGCCCGGGUUUCGGGAGGCCGACGCCUUCGUCAAGCAUGCCCUCGGCACAGUGGUGACGGCCACCAAAGCGUCCGGUGGCCUUCCUCAGCCCGGAGACGAAUAUGACUUCUACCGCAGCUUCCCCGGCUUCCAAGCCUACUGUGAAACACAAGGAGACCGCUUGCUGCACUGCAUGAGCAGAGUGAUGCAGUACCACGGCUGCCGCAGCCACCUGAAGGACCGCAGCAAAGUCAUAGAGCUGGAGGACAAAUUCGAUCUGCUGGUGGACGCCAACGAUGCCAUCCUGGAAAGAGUGGGCAUUCUAUUGGACGAUGCUGCAGGCAUGAACAAGAACCAGCAGCCUAUCCUCCCCUCGGGCUUGCAGGCACCCAAGACCAUCGUCUCCAGCUGGAACCGCAAGCAGAGCGGAGAAUCCAGCAAGUGGAACAAAUCGGAAACCUUUCGCUUGCUGCAUGCCAAGAACAUCGCUCGGCCGCAGUUGAAGUUUCACGAGAAGGUUGACAACUCCAAUACACCCUUCGUUCCCAAGCUCUUUGUCAAACCCAACGCCCUGAAGCCGCUACCAGAAGCGCUCUCGAGAAGCCAACGCGAACGAAAGGAGCGCCCCGAGGACCUGGACGUGCCGGCAGCUCUGGCCGACUUCCUCCAUCAGCAGAGGACUCAGCAGACGGAGCAAGACAUGCUCGCUCACCCUUACCAGUACGAACUGGAGCAUUUUUCCCCAGCGGCUGACCUUCUCGAGAAACCGCAAGUUCAGGUGCACCAGCCUGUCUCAGAAACCUCCUGCCAUUUCAUCUCCACCUUGGACCAGCUAGUAGAGUUGAACGAGAAGCUCCUGAGCUGUAAAGAAUUCGCCGUGGAUUUGGAGCACCAUUCGUACCGAAGCUUUCUGGGCUUGACGUGUCUGAUUCAAAUCUCCACCCGGACAGAAGAUUUCAUCAUAGAUGCUCUGGAGCUGCGGAGUGACUUGUACAUCUUGAACGAAACGUUCACAGACCCCGCGAUCGUCAAGGUCCUACACGGUGCCGACUCGGACGUGGAGUGGCUCCAGCGGGACUUUGGCCUCUACCUGGUGAACAUGUUCGACACCCACCAAGCGGCUCGGCUGCUCAACCUGGGCAGGCACUCCCUGGAUCACCUGCUCAAGUUCUACUGCGACGUGAAUGCAAACAAGCAGUACCAGCUGGCUGACUGGAGGAUCCGUCCCUUGCCGGAGGAGAUGGCCCAUUACGCCCGCGACGACACGCACUACCUGCUCUACAUCUACGACCGGAUGAGAGAGGACCUUUGGGAGAAAGGCAACGGGCAGCCCGCUCUGCUGCAGUCCGUGUGGCAACGGAGCAAGGCCAUCUGCUUGAAAAAAUAUCUCAAGCCCAUCUUCACCGACGAGUCGUACCGCGAACUCUACCGCAAGCAGAAGAAGCUCCUCAACAGCCAGCAGCUGACAGCCUUCCGACUCCUCUUUGCCUGGCGGGACAAGAUGGCACGCCAAGAAGACGAGAGCACCGGGUAUGUGCUUCCGAACCACAUGCUGCUGAAGAUCUCCGAGGAACUGCCCAAGGAGCCCCAGGGCAUCAUUGCCUGCUGCAACCCGGUCCCGCCACUCGUCCGCCAGCAGAUCAACGAAAUGCACCUCUUAAUCAAGCAGGCCCGAGAGAUGCCUCUGCUGAAGUCUGAAAUUGCGGUUGGAGUGAAAAAGAAAGGGCCUCUUCCCAACCCAGAGAAACUGGAGAAUCGCUUGUUCGGACCACAUGACAGCUCACGUGUUCCUCAGGACGAGAAGCGGAACCAGUCGGAACUUGAGCCCGAACUGGCCCUAGAACGCGGCAGUCUCUUUUCCGAAACGAAAGAGGAAGCGGACGGGAGAGGGGAAUUGUCACCUUCGCCUUACCUCCUUUGGACAGCCAGCAUCAGUAUUUUCAAUGAACCUGAACCAGACGAGGAAAAGGAUGAGAACUUAACUGUGGCCCAGCGGAAAUCCCGGCGCAUCAUGGAGUCCUUUGAAAACCCAUUUCGAAUGUAUCUGCCAGCAGAGCAGAACCCUGCUCACGUCUCCCAGUCAGCAAAGUCUGAUCCCUCGUCGAAAAUCUACGAGAUCAGUAAUCGAUGGAAGCUGCUGAGCCAAGCGCAGCUGCAGGCAGCAGCCAAGAAAGAGCCAACAAAGAAAUCGCAACAGCAGCAGCAGCAGCAGCAAACAGCAACACGGGAGGCUGCUGAGAAGGAGUUCAAGGAAAAAGCCGCCAACACAGCCUCCGUGCGCCAGCUCGUCACUCAAGAACAGGCUGGCAAAAAGAGGGAGAGAGUGGCCAGCGAACCGGGAACAGAGACCCCCAAGCAAGAAAAAAAGAAGCCUAAAGCCUCCCAGAAGCCGGAGGUGGAAGUUGAAACAACGCCUUUCACCCCCUUUGACUACAGCAAGUCCGACCUCAAAGUCUUUGCUGGGGCCAGUAAGUCCAAGGCCUCGUCCCAGUUCGAUCCCGCCAGGCAGGCCCAGGCCAACAAGAAAUUUUCGGGAGCUGGCAAGGUUGCACAACCGGCUGGAACAAAAAGCAUGUCCUACCUGGCUGGGAAAUCCAACCGGGGCUUCAGGCAUAACUGGCCGAAAAGAUAAAGUUGUUGAAGUAGCCCACCAGAAGGAACCAG